ACCCAGCAGACCCACAGAUGAUGAUCAAUCCAUUCCAGCUUGAUCCAGCAACAGCUGCAGCUUUGGCACCAGGGCUUGUAAAUAAUGAGCUGCCGCCUGAAAUCCGGCUUGCCAGUGGUCAGCUAAUGGGUGAUGACCUGUCCCUCCUUACUGCAGGAGAGCUGUCACCUUAUAUCAGUGACCCAGCGCUGAAGCUAUUCCAGUGUGCUGUUUGCAACAAAUUCACCUCUGACAGCCUGGAGGCCCUAAGUGUGCAUGUGAGCAGUGAACGCUCACUCCCUGAAGAGGAGUGGAGGGCUGUAAUUGGAGACAUCUACCAGUGCAAGCUCUGUAACUACAACACUCAGCUCAAAGCGAACUUCCAGCUCCACUGCAAGACUGACAAACAUAUGCAGAAAUAUCAACUGGUGGCUCACAUUAAAGAAGGGGGCAAAACUAAUGAGUGGAGGCUGAAGUGUAUUGCCAUUGGCAACCCAGUUCACCUAAAGUGUAAUGCCUGUGACUACUACACCAACAGCGUGGAUAAAUUGCGCUUACAUACUACCAAUCAUAGGCACGAGGCAGCCCUGAAACUGUACAAGCACUUGCAAAAGCAUGAGAGCUCAGUAAAUCCCGAGUCCUGCUAUUACUACUGUGCUCUGUGCGAUUACUCCACCAAGGUCAAGCUGAACCUAGUACAACAUGUCCGCUCAGUGAAGCACCAGCAGACAGAGGGCCUACGCAAGCUCCAGUUACACCAGCAAGGGCUGGCACCGGAGGAGGACAACCUCAGCGAGAUAUUUUUUGUCAAAGACUGCCCACCAAAUGAGCUUGAAGUAGCACAAUUAGGAUGUCGAUUAGCUGAUGAUAAUCUCUUCUACCUCCAGAAGCUAAGAAGCAAAAAGCAGGAACAAGGUGAAGACACAGAAGGGUCUGCUAAAAGUGCAUCAGUGGCUGUGGCUGAUGAUAAAGACUCAAGUGAGAGGGACACUAGUGAAGGCAAAAAAUCUGGUAAAGACUCUGGAAUAGUCACACCAGAGAAGGAACCAAAAGUGAACACUGUGGUAGGGGCACAACAGCUUCUUCUGGCAAAAGAAGAGGAUGGUGCAGCUAAAAAAUCAAAGCCUCCAGAGGACAAUAAAUUUUGUCAUGAGCAGUUCUAUCAAUGUCCUUACUGUAACUACAAUAGUAGAGACCCAAAUCGUAUCCAGAUGCAUGUCCUGUCCCAGCAUUCAAUGCAACCCGUUAUCUGCUGCCCCCUCUGCCAGGAUGUCCUCAGCAACAAAAUGCAUCUCCAGCUUCAUUUGACCCAUUUGCACAGUGUGUCCCCUGACUGUGUGGAGAAACUGCUCAUGACAGUUCCUGUACCAGAUGUCAUGAUGCCCAAUAGUAUGCUAUUGCCAGCAGCUGCUUCAGAAAAAUCUGAACGUGACACACCUGCAACCAUUACAGCUGAGGGAUCUGGGAAAUAUCCAGGUGAAAGUCCUAUGGAUGAGAAGAGUACUCCUGGGAUCGAUGAAUCAAAAACUGGAAUGGAAAUUAAGACCGAGGAACAGAAGCCACCAAAGGAAUCUGCUGAAACACCAGAUUGGAAUAAAAACAGCAGUAAAGAUGUGAAGACCGCUGACUCAAUGGCAGAUCAGCUAAAUGAACCACAGAAGAAGCAACAGCUCUCUGUUUCUGACCGCCACGUCUACAAGUACCGUUGUAACCAUUGUAGUUUGGCUUUUAAGACUAUGCAGAAGCUUCAGAUACAUUCCCAGUAUCAUGCUAUUCGGGCAGCUACCAUGUGUAGCCUUUGCCAACGUAGCUUCCGUACAUUCCAGGCUUUAAAAAAACACUUGGAAGCAGGCCACCCUGAGCUCAAUGAAGCUGAACUUCAGCAGCUAUGUGCAUCUUUACCUGUCAACGGUGAACUCUGGGCAGAAAAUGAAAGUAUGGCACAAGAUGAUCAUGCACUAGAACAGGAAAUAGAAAGAGAUUAUGAGAUGGACCAGGAAGGCAAAGCAAGCCCUGUAGGGAGCGAUAGUAGCUCUAUUCCAGAUGAUAUGGGCUCAGAACCAAAGCGGACCUUACCUUUUAGAAAAGGGCCAAAUUUUACUAUGGAAAAAUUUCUAGAUCCAUCUCGCCCGUAUAAGUGUACAGUGUGUAAAGAGUCUUUCACCCAAAAGAACAUCCUCUUGGUCCACUACAACUCAGUGUCCCAUCUACAUAAACUCAAAAAGGUUUUACAGGAAGCAUCAAGUCCUGUCCCCCAAGAAACCAACAGCAGCACUGACAACAAACCCUACAAAUGCAGCAUUUGUAAUGUUGCGUAUAGCCAAAGUUCUACAUUGGAAAUCCAUAUGAGAUCUGUGCUUCAUCAGACAAAGGCAAGGGCUGCAAAAUUAGAACCAAGUGGUAAUAUAAGUAGCGGAAAUAGUGUAGCAGGAAAUGUUAAUAGCCCCAGCCAAGGAAUGCUAGAAGCUAUGAGCUUACCAGCAGUUAAUAGCAAAGAAACACAUUUAGAUGCCAAAGAAUUAAAUAAAAAGCAAGCUUCUGAAUUAAUUUCUGCUCAGCCUACACAUCACCCACCCCAGUCACCAGCACAACUUCAAAUGCAACUACAGCAUGAACUACAACAACAAGCUGCGUUCUUUCAACCACAGUUUCUAAACCCAGCUUUUUUGCCUCACUUUCCAAUGACACCAGAAGCACUGCUGCAAUUCCAACAGCCUCAGUUCCUUUUCCCAUUCUAUAUACCUGGGACAGAAUUUAGCUUAAGCCCAGAUCUGGGUCUGCCUGGUUCUGCCACAUUCGGUAUGCCUGGAAUGACUGGUAUGACAGGAUCACUGCUUGAAGAUUUGAAACAGCAGAUACAAACUCAGCACCAUGUUGGCCAAACGCAGCUACAGAUACUGCAGCAACAAGCACAACAGUAUCAGUCCACCCAACCCCAACUUCAGUCCCAGAAACAGCAGCAGCAAAGUGGCAAGCUGAUGAAAGCAGAGCAAAAUACCUUAGUAAGUACAGAAUGCCAGCUGAUAAAGGAUAUGCCAUCGUAUAAGGAGUCAGAAGAAAUUUCUGAGAAACAAGAGAAGCCAAAGCAAGAAUUUACUAAUGACAAUGAAGGACUAAAAGAAAACAAAGAUAUGAAGAAGACAAAAUCCUCAGAACCAGCCAUCCCACCACCCAGAAUAGCUUCUGGAGCAAGGGGGAAUGCAGCAAAGGCUUUGUUGGAGAACUUUGGAUUUGAGUUAGUUAUCCAAUACAAUGAGAACAGACAAAAAGUGCAGAAAAAAGGCAAGACUGGUGAAGGUGAAAAUACAGACAAACUGGAAUGUGGAACCUGCAGUAAGCUUUUUUCCAACAUUCUUAUUCUGAAGAGUCAUCAAGAACAUGUGCAUGGACAGUUUUUUCCAUAUGGAGCAUUGGAAAAGUUUGCCCGACAGUACAGGGAGGCAUAUGACAAGCUUUAUCCCAUUUCUCCAUCUUCUCCAGAGACACCACCACCUCCACCACCACCUCCUCCACCACCACCACCUCCUCCUCCUCCAACUCCCUCUCAGCCUUCUUCGGCUGGAACUGGAAAAAUUCAAAACACAACUCCCACUCCUUUGCAAGCUCCACCACCCACACCACCACCGCCACCUCCUCCACCACCACCACCUCCUCCUCCUCCACCACCACCAUCAGCCCCACCUCAAGUCCAGCUUCCUGUUUCACUCGAUCUCCCUCUUUUCCCUCCAAUUAUGAUGCAGCCAGUGCAGCACCCUGCAUUGCCUCCUCAACUUGCCCUCCAGUUGCCACCAAUGGAUACUUUAUCUGCAGAUCUCACCCAGCUUUGUCAGCAGCAGCUGGGAUUAGAUCCCAAUUUCCUGAGGCACUCUCAGUUCAAGCGUCCACGUACAAGAAUCACAGAUGACCAGUUAAAAAUCUUGCGGGCUUAUUUUGACAUUAACAAUUCUCCGAGUGAAGAGCAGAUACAAGAAAUGGCUGAGAAAUCUGGUCUCUCACAGAAAGUUAUUAAACACUGGUUUCGUAAUACGCUAUUUAAAGAACGACAGAGGAAUAAAGAUUCUCCAUAUAACUUCAGCAACCCUCCUAUAACAGUAUUGGAAGAUAUCAGAAUAGAUCCUCAGCCUUCAGCUGUAGAACCUUACAAGUCUGAUGCAUCUUUCAGCAAGAGAUCAUCUAGGACGCGGUUUACUGACUACCAGCUUCGUGUCCUUCAAGACUUCUUUGACACAAAUGCUUAUCCAAAGGAUGAUGAAAUUGAACAGCUUUCAACAGUACUUAACCUACCUACUCGAGUUAUUGUCGUAUGGUUCCAAAAUGCACGACAAAAAGCUCGAAAAAGUUAUGAAAAUCAAGCUGAAACUAAAGACAAUGAGAAAAGGGAACUGACGAAUGAGCGUUACAUUCGAACUAGUAACAUGCAGUAUCAGUGCAAAAAAUGUAGUGUGGUUUUUCCCAGGAUCUUUGAUUUGAUUACACAUCAGAAAAAGCAGUGUUACAAAGAUGAAGAUGAUGAUGCUCAAGAUGAAAGCCAAACUGAAGAUUCUUUGGAUGCCUCAGAUCAAACAGUGUACAAGAACUGCACGGUUUCUGGCCAAAACGACUCAUCAAAAAUCUUGGCAGUCACAGCAGCAAGCUCUGGCUCUGGUUCUAGUACUCCUUUGAUUCCAUCACCCAAACCAGAACCUGAGAAGGCUUCUCCUAAACCAGAGACCACAGAAAAACCCAAACAAAAUGAAGCCAUCUCUAAGCAAACCGAUACAACUUCCCAAAGUGUCAAACCAGUACAGACUACUCCAGUAACUGCUUCUGACCCUCAGCCACCAGCUUCUCAACCACAGCAACAAAAACAAUCACAGUUAGUAGGGCGACCUCCUUCUGCAUCACAAACCACACCUGUUCCUUCCAAUCCUUUACCAAUUUCAAUGACUUCUCUACAGAACAGUCUACCUCCUCAGUUAUUACAGUACCAAUGCGAUCAGUGUACAGUUGCCUUUCCAACUCUAGAACUUUGGCAAGAGCACCAGCACAUGCAUUUCCUAGCAGCCCAAAACCAAUUUCUUCACUCACAAUUUUUAGAAAGACCAAUGGAUAUGCCCUAUAUGAUAUUUGACCCCAACAACCCUUUGAUGACUGGACAGUUACUUAAUAGUUCUCUUGCUCAGAUGCCACCACAAAGUGGCUCUUCACACACGGCACACCCUGCUACAGUUUCUAGUUCACUGAAAAGAAAACUAGAUGAUAAAGAAGACAAUAACUGUAGUGAGAAAGAGGGAGGAAACAGUGGAGAAGAUCAACAUCGUGAUAAGCGUUUAAGAACCACAAUUACUCCAGAGCAGCUGGAAAUACUCUAUGAAAAGUACCUACUGGAUUCCAACCCCACCAGAAAGAUGCUAGAUCACAUUGCACGUGAAGUGGGACUGAAAAAGAGAGUCGUACAAGUCUGGUUUCAGAACACGAGAGCCCGAGAAAGAAAGGGACAGUUCCGUGCGGUUGGUCCAGCCCAGUCCCAUAAAAGGUGUCCUUUUUGUCGAGCUCUCUUUAAAGCAAAAUCAGCUUUAGAAAGUCACAUUCGCUCUCGACAUUGGAACGAAGGGAAGCAGGCUGGUUAUAGUUUGCCACCGAGUCCUUUGAUAUCAACUGAAGAUGGAGGAGAAAGUCCACAGAAGUACAUUUUUUUUGAUUACCCAUCACUAUCAUUAACAAAAACUGAAUUAUCAAGUGAAAAUGAAUUAGCCUCCACUGUGUCAACUCCGGUUAGCAAAACUGCAGAAAUGUCACCGAAGAACCUUUUAAGUCCCUCCUCUUUUAAAGCAGAGUCUAGCGAGGAUAUAGAAAAUUUGAAUGCUCCUCCUACUGACUCUGGAUACGAUCAAAACAAGACUGACUUUGAUGAGACUUCAUCAAUUAAUACAGCAAUUAGCGAUGCCACAACAGGGGAUGAGGGGAACAAUGAAAUGGAAAGCACAACCGGCAGUUCAGGGGAUGCAAAAGCUGCAUCACCUCCCAAAGAACCGAAACCACUUGUAAACGACACGCUAUCAAAAGCUGCAACUACACCUACAAAUGAGAAUACUGAUGAUAAAUUUCUCUUUUCACUAACAAGCCCUUCAAUACAUUUCAGUGAAAAAGAUGGUGACCAUGAUCAAAGUUACUACAUUACUGAUGACCCUGAUGAUAAUGCUGACCGCAGUGAAACUUCAAGCAUAGCUGAUCCAAGUUCACCUAACCCAUUUGGAGCUAGCAAUCCCUUUAAAUCCAAAACCAGUGAUCGUCCAGGCCACAAACGUUUCCGAACACAGAUGAGUAACCUUCAGCUUAAAGUUCUCAAGGCUUGCUUCAGUGACUACCGGACUCCAACAAUGCAGGAAUGUGAAAUGCUAGGGAAUGAGAUCGGCCUGCCUAAACGUGUGGUCCAAGUCUGGUUUCAGAACGCCCGGGCUAAAGAAAAGAAAUUCAAAAUUAACAUAGGGAAGCCGUUCAUGAUAAAUCAGACUGGACCUGAUGGGACAAAGCCAGAAUGUUCCCUAUGUGGCGUGAAAUAUUCUGCACGUUUGUCCAUAAGAGAUCAUAUAUUUUCCAAACAGCAUAUUACAAAAGUGAGAGAAACUGUGGGAAGUCAACUGGAUCGGGAGAAAGAUUAUUUAGCUCCUACAACGGUUAGACAGCUGAUGGCACAGCAAGAACUGGAUCGCAUAAAGAAGGCUAGUGAUGUACUAGGAUUAACAGUACAGCAGCCAGGCAUGAUGGACAGCAGUUCCCUUCAUGGUAUCAGUUUGCCAGCAGCUUAUCCAGGACUCCCUGGCCUUCCUCCCGUUCUUCUGCCUGGAAUGAAUGGUCCAUCCUCCUUACCUGGAUUUCCACAAAGUUCAAAUACUUUAACAUCUCCUGGUGCAGGCAUGCUUGGGUUUCCUACUUCAGCUACUUCGUCUCCUGCCCUGUCUCUCAGCAGUGCCCCCUCCAAACCUUUGCUGCAGACUCCACCACCACCACCUCCUCCACCACCACCACCACCACCUCCACCACCACCACCUCCUCCUCCUCCUCCCUCCUCCUCUUUGUCAGGACAGCAGACAGAGCAACAGAGCAAAGAACCUGAGAAAAAAAAUACUAUUAAUAAGCCAAACAAGGUCAAAAAAAUCAAAGAGGAGGAAUUAGAGGCCAACAAAUCUGAAAAACACCUGAAAAAAGAGGAAAAAAUCUCAUCUGCUCUUUCAGUUUUGGGCAAAGUUGUAGGGGAAGCGCACGUAGACCCUACUCAGCUGCAGGCACUUCAAAAUGCAAUUGCUGGUGACCCAGCUUCAUUUAUAGGUGGGCAGUUCUUGCCAUACUUUAUUCCUGGGUUCGCUUCGUAUUUUACACCUCAGCUUCCUGGAACAGUGCAAGGAGGGUACCUCCCCCCAGUCUGUGGUAUGGAGAGCCUUUUCCCCUAUGGGCCAGCAGUGCCUCAGACAAUUGCUGGCUUGUCACCUGGUGCACUGUUGCAGCAGUAUCAACAGUAUCAGCAGAACCUCCAGGAUUCAU